GCACUUUUUUUCGAUUUGUUUAUUUUUCACUUUUAUUGCACUCACUGAUUCUAAAUUUGCAUACAGUAUGACGAGUACGAUUGCUGUUUGGUGCGACGAUAUUUGAAUGAAACUUGAUUAGGUUCGCGUUUCGUUUUUUCCCCCCCGGUUGCUUUUUCGUUUCUAAAUAAAAAUCGUUUAUGUAAAGCCUUAUUUCGAUGAACGUUUGCUGACUGUGCUACGAGGAAGUUUCGUGCUCCAGCUGUUCCGCUUACAAUCGGAUGUAAGUGGAGGGUAGUGAGGGUGUUUUUUUAUCAGUCCCUUAAUUGUGCUACAACUAAGCACCUUUUGCAAAACAACCGUGGUUGGUUUGUCUUAUCAGCUUAAGGCGCCUUCAGCACACACUGUUCGUGGGCUACGUCAUAUUAGCCAUCGUCGUCGUUGUCAGCGCCAAUAAUCAAAUCAGUGGGAUCAUCAGGCAUUACUAAAACACGCACCAGUGAACCACUGAAGAAAGGAAGAGUUUGAUCGUACGUACACCAAAGGAUAUAAAAGUCCAACGGAACAGGCGUUAAAAUUGUUUAGGGAACGAAUCUACGCCAAGGCGACGUAAAAACACGAUCCAAAUGAACGACAGCAUCAAGUUUGAGAUGGACAUGAAGAUGGAACCGUCGAGCCCACCGGAAAAGGACCGCAGCAUGUACUCGCGGUGUUCGAGCGCUGGCAGCAUACAUACCCCAACGUCAUCCGCACACAAUUCAGAGGAUGAAGAAGAUUCGGGCGAUAAUAAAAGUAGCACGAUGAGCUACAAGGAGCGCCGAAGGGAGGCACACACACAAGCGGAACAAAAGCGACGGGAUGCGAUAAAGAAGGGUUACGAUUCGUUGCAGGAGCUAGUACCGACCUGCCAGCAAACGGAUGCAUCCGGCUACAAGCUAAGCAAAGCGUCCGUCCUGCAGAAAUCGAUCGAUUACAUCGGUUACCUGCUUCAGAACAAAAAAAAGCUCGAAGAGGAACGGGCCUCCCUGCAGAAGGAAGUGAUGGCACUGCGGAUUAUAAAGAAAAACUACGAAAACAUGCUGCAGCAUCAGCAAACGUCACCGGGCAGGACGGAGGCACGGCUCAGUGAUGAUAUAAAGUUUCAGGUGUUUAAAGCGAUCAUGGACGAAAUGUUCGUCACGUUCGAGCAGCUGCCGAUGAACGACUUUGCCGAGCUAACGUCCGGCGUUAUACCGUGGCUGGAGGAGCACUGCAAACCGCACCUGUUGCGCGACGUGGUAAACCGGAUGCUCGCCCACAUCACGGCAAGCAUUACGGUCGAGGCGGCCCAGGAUAUGGCCAGCAAUCGGGACAUGAACUAAGUGUGGCGGCGAAUCGCGUCGUUAGUUUUAACUACUCACUUGCGUUAUUGUUUAGAUUUGUAAAUCGUUUUUUUAGCCUUAUAGCUUUAUAGUCAACUGCAGUAGUGUGGUUCACUAUUACAUGUGCAAUGUUUCUAUUCACUAUCACGUUUACCAACACGUGUCUUCGGACCGCCUAAUUUUUAUACUGUUGUGGGGAGGGAAAUAAUGGUUCCAUUGAUUGGUUUACAUAUAUAUACAAAUAUAUAGCACAAAACAAAUAGAUAAUAUUUUACGUAA